UAACAAUAUGAAGCUGCUUGUGUCAUUGGUCGCUUUUGCACUUUACUUUGCAGUAGCCAGUGCACAAGUGAACGAAAAUCUCGUCGAUUUGCUGUGGACCCGGGCCGAACUUCUCCGACAACAGCCGAACGUGAGCCAACCUUGCGUCAAUAGAGACGUAUUCCAAGCAUUGUUUCUGAGUUACGACAGUGAUGAUGAUAUGCGGGUCACUCGUGAAGAGUUCGUGCCAAGGUGGCAGGCUAACACCAACAUGACAACCGAUGAUGUGAAUGCCCUGUAUGACUAUAUCGUUAUUACCGGUGGAGGCAGUCCCAACUUCAUUGACGAAUCUGAUAUCGACUUUUUUUACCUAUCAUUCAUAAGCAACAGUGAGGGAUGCAUCUCAGAGGUAAAUUACAAGGCUCGUUGGAGGGAGGUCAUUGCUGACCUUCCAGACCAGGGUGCCCAAGUCCCUCCUGCCCGGUUGUAUAACAAGACACGGCAUGUGCCGCCAUCUAUCGAUAGAUUAAGAUGAACAUUUGAUAUACUGUCGUUUAUUAAUAAUAAACAUAAAACUCUUUAAAAA